AUGGACGGGUCUUCCAACACAUUAAUGCUAUGUAACACGUUGCACAUAACCAUAUGUAACUAUCUGCUAUCUCCGCUUUCUUCGGUUAUGGGCGGUGUCUCUCUUCCAGCCGGACUCGUGCCUAGGUCGAAACCCUUGGGUCGGGGACCGGCCCAGACCACGGAAUUCAAAGUGUUUUUAGGCCAGGUCAAGGCCGAUAAAUUGCCAGCGUUCCAGCACGUCUAUCCAGCUGGUAUUUUGAGUCCAUGUACCGUCGUAACAUGUAAAAAUCCUUACAAGCUGGCUGCUAAAUUAUUAUACGGCGGAAUGCCUCCGGAAGGUCUCAGCACAAAGCUAUGGCAUUACAUAAAGAUCAACCUUGAAUCUAAUUUCUAUACAUCUUCCUUCACCUUCACACAGCAAAGCCCUAUAAACUCAAGCUAA